GUAUAGCUUUUGUUUACUUAACUCAAAGCUUUUGCAAUGUUGUCGCCUUUUAAAUAAACGUACAAUGAUAUAGCAAAUUUUUUUAGUAUUCGCGCGUUACUUUACGCUAAAGCAUCCCAAAAUAAAAGGAAGGAUGCCGCCAAAUAAUCGCAACUACAAUGCCGAUGAAUUAGAGGCACCCGUGUGGUUAAAUGAUGAGUUCUUCAUCAAGGUGUUGCACAACUUCGAGACAGAAGCGAAGAGCUUGCGUCUGAAGAGCACCGAACUGUCACCUGCCACACUCAAGGGCGACCACUAUGCCAGUGUGAUGUUUCGCGCAACAAUUGAGUACGAAUGUGAUGGCGAGGAUAAGUCAAAGAGGAUGAUUAUUAAGACAAUGCCUUCGUCGGAGGGACAAAAGAAGGAAAUGUUCGAGAAAUCAUACAUAUUCGAGACUGAAAUCGGCAUGUACACCGAGGUUAUACCGCGCUUCGAGCAGAUAUUGCGCGACAUCGGCGAUGAAACAGUGCUCAGAGCGCCCAUGCUUUUUCAUGAAUUGAGUCCUGAAAAGAUUAUCAUCUUGGAGGAUAUUGUGCCGCUGGGCUAUGAAAUGUUGCGUGAUCGCUAUCUCAACAGCGUAGAGCUUAAGGCAGCCUAUAGCAAGUUAGCCAAAUGGCAUGCCAUAAGCUAUAAAAUAAAUUUGGAGGAGCCGCAAUAUUUCGAGAAAUAUCGUCAGGGCCUACUGGCUGUGCCGAAAAUCGAAAAAAGUGCAGCUCUCGCCAGCGGCGUUGACUAUUUGAUCAACAAUUUAAAAACUAUGCCAACGCUGUCUGAGUAUGUGCCGCUUUUCGAACAGCUCAAAGGUAAAAUAUUCCCCGGGGCCAUCGCAUCGUUCAAGGAGUACCGCGAUGCGCCAAGGGAGGACGGAUAUUACGUGCUGUGCCAUGGUGAUUUUCACAACAAAAACAUGAUGUUCAAACAGGAAGCGAGCACCGGCAAAUUGGUGGAUGUUAUGCUCUUAGACUACCAAUUAUGUUAUGUGGGUCCAAUGGUGAAUGACCUGAUUUACUCAUUUUUUAUGCUGUUAGACUCGGAACAACGCGAAAGCUUUCCAGAGUUGGUUCAUUUUUACUUUACCGAAUUCAAAGAAACCCUGCAGAAAAUCGGACACAAAGGCUCCAUGCCAAAGUUAAUGAAAAUACAUCAGCAGCGAAUGCAGCACAAAUACUUGGAGCUUUUCCUUCUCAUCACAUUUCUUCCCGCUUGGUUGGCUUUCCGUGGAGGUGAUGUUGCUCAAGAUGAUUUUCUAACAUCCGACGACUGUAAAACUCAUAUAUAUGCUAAAAAAGAGUUCGCUGAAGAAUUGGAAAAAUUGUUGCCAAAGUAUUUGCAUCUAGGUUAUUUUGAACAAGACUAGUUUUAAGUUUUCCAUAAUCGUAGAAACAUGUGUAUAUAUGUACGUUCUAUUUAACAAAAAAUUCUUAU